AUGGCGGGUGCAAAUGGCAAUUUCCCCGCUUCUUUAUCUGUUCUUGAUGUCAAGAACGAUUGGGAUCGGUGGCACACCCAGAUGGAAGAAAUCUUAGGGUUUCAAGAGAUUGCUGCAGCAAAGACCUCUAAAGAGGCACGAGAUAUCUUGAACAAGAGCUACGAUGGUGUAGAAUAUAAGGAUCUUGAAGCUAUGAAGAUUGAUGAACUGCAUGGGUCACUUGAGGCUCAUGAAAUGCGCUUGAACCUGAGGGAUACUGAGAGAGACACUGAGAAAGCUUUUUAUGCUCGUGGUAAUUCCAAUAAGAAGAAUUGGAAUGACAAAGGCAAGUCCUUCAAAGGAAAAUCUUGGAAGGGAAAGGACAUUGGGCAAUCAUCAAGUCAUGAGGAAGAUACUGAUUCGAAAAGAAAGUGGGAAUCCAAGGAGAAAGGACAGGACAAGGAGAAGGUGAAGAAGAGAAAAAGCAAGAAGAAAGAUGUUCAAUGUUAUGCUUGUAAAAAGCUUGGCCACUAUUCCUAUGAGUGCAAAAGAAAGAAGAAAGGAAGCAAGCCAAGUGAUUCUAGUAUCCCCAGUGUUGAAGUGAUUAAUUCAGUUGUUAGUACUCAUAAGAAUGAUGAUAGUACCUGGUACCUAGAUUCUGGAUGUUCUUCUCAUAUGACUAGUCACAAGGAUUGGUUUGUGGACCUUGAUGAGAAUAGAACAAGCAGUGUCAAGUUUGCUGAUAAUAGCAUGAGCACAGCUACUGGAAAGGGUAGAGUUCUUAUCAGGAAGAAGAAUGGCAAGCAGACUCUUAUUCAUGAUCUGUUGUUUGUUCCUAGUGUAAAGCAUAAUCUCAUAAGCCUAAGGCAGCUCAUAGAAAAGGGUUAUUUUAUGAAGACUAAAGGUGUAAGACCCAAAUAG